UGAACAGCUAGAGAGACAGGAAAGAGUUAGCGAACGAAGAUGGAGGGUUAGGAAAGUGAGUUCAGCAGUUAGAUGGCAAGGAUAAGAAAGUGAUCGUAACUAAGUGGGAGAGGAAAGUGACAAGUUGGAUAAUCAGAUAUGAUUUCUAGAGGCGUUGUACUGAGAAAGCAAAACGGUUAAUAGGCAGGAAGGAAGCGAAGACAGUUCAUGUAAUCUACAGCGCAUAAUCAGGAGGGGAGUGCAGAGUGUAUGAGAGCUGCAUAAGUGUGUAUAGUGUAUGUGUAGGAGUAUUAUUGUAUUUAAGAUAUCGGAGUGAGUGCAUAACAUGUUGGACUGUUUGAAUAUGUAUUAGACUAGAAGGCAAUAUUAGACUGUGGAUGUCAUUACAGUAUGUGCCAAGUGCUUGUAGAAAUCUCUGAGAUCACAGCCUAAAGAGUAUGAACAGUACAUGCUGCAGUACACUGAAGUGCAUUUCAAUAAGGCUGGGAACUCUGUAGAUGACACUUGGCACCAGAUUUGUACUAGGGUUGCAGGAUAGGAUUCUUAGGUAAAGUUGAGGGAGGUAAAUAACCUGUGCAAGGAGGUGGUAUAAAGAGGGCACAUACAACUGGCACAACAGUUGCUGCAGUUAUAUGUUAAAUAUAGAAUAGCAAUCCCAGAAGAUCAUCAUGAAGAAACAAUCCCCAGAUUAUCGAAACCUAGCCAGGCUUGCUGUUGUCCAGCACCUUCGCUCAUCUGGAAUCAAAAUUAAGCAUUGGAACUGCAGACAGCGGUCAGAGGCAGAGCGUGGGGCUUCAGGGGACCUGGGGCCAGGUAAAGUGUUUGGUAUAUCUCUACAUUCAUUACCCCAAUCUCACUUACCUGAUUAUGGAUCAAUUCCAACUAUCCUUGUUGACAUUUGCAAACAUCUGGAGCAGCAUGCACACACAGAAGGUCUUUUCAGAAAGUCAGGAUCUGUUGUAAGACUAAAACUCUUAAAGGCCAAACUUGAUAGUGGUGAAAACUGUUUAUCAGAUUCUCUCCCUUGUGAUGUUGCUGGUAUUCUCAAGCAAUUAUUUAGAGAACUACCAGAGCCUGUACUCCAUACAGACCUUCAGGAUGCCUUCUUCAAGGCCCAGCAACUGGCUAGUGAUGAAGAGAAGUCCUCUGCUACUAUACUCAUAUCCUGCCUAAUGCCGGACAAGGCCAUCAACAUUUUACGUUACUUCUUCAGCUUUCUACAUACUGUAUCUAUGAGGUCCGAAAAAAACAAGAUGGACAGCUGUAAUCUAGCACUGAUAUUUGCACCUAAUCUUCUACAAACAAAUGAAGAAACAGAGAAGAUUUCUGCCAGCACUGAUAAGAAGCUUCGUAUACAGGCAGCAGUUGUGCGGACCUUGAUAGAUCAGGCCGCUGAUAUUGGUUAUGUGCCAGAUUUUAUACAGGAGAAGAUCCCAGGAAUGCUGGGAAUUGAUGAUGAUAUUUGUUUUCCUGGGGCAGAAGAGGAUGGUGAAGAUACCCCUGGUCAGAAAAGGAGGAGGAGAAGAAGCGUUGGAGAUUUUGUUAGUGGAGCAUUGAAUAAACUUAAAACUAAUAGAACACCUUUCUCUACACCCCAGACAGACAGGACUGUUUUAGGUUCCAAGAUGACUCCUUUAAUUCUUACACCCAGCACGAAGAGGAAACUACCUGUGGAUUCUGUGCAAGGAAUAUCCAGUAAGAAGAGGAAGUCCCUUAAACAUAAUUUUGCCUUUGAGCUGUUGCCCACUGGUUUCUUUGGUAGUGGCUCAACACCUUCAUCAGCUCAAUGUGAUGAAAGUCCUUGCUUUUCUUUGGAGAAUUCACAAUGCUCUUUUUCCCCUUCCAUGGGUAGUGGGAAUCUGCUCUCCGGCUCUGGCAAUCUGAGGAGAAGCAAGAGAUAUGAAAAUAGGAAAGUACAGAGAGUGGAUUCAGGAAAAACAGGCUGCUUCUCUCCUAAAAUAAGCCGCAAAGAGAGAGUGCGUCGGUCACUACGGAUCCGGUUCAGUUUGGGAAAAAGUAACAAAGAUUUGAGUGUAUUGAGUGGAUUUCCCUCCAGCAGCCGAUCCCAAAAUAUUGGUUGGCGGCUUGCAAACUCUCAAGAGCUGAAUGUAACUCCUGAUGGUAAACUGAAUCUGUCGUCCCCUUUGGCAAAAAGCCCAUCUGUAAGUGCAGGGACUAAGAACAUUAGCAAGUCAGAAGAUAAUCUGCUGACUCCAAAACUAACUGUUGAAUCAAGUUACCGUAUGUCCUGGACUGGCCCACGCCCCCUUGAGCUGGAAAGAAAAUGUGACGAAGGAACACCGGUAACUGAUUAUUGCAGAUCUGAAAACUGCUGCUCUGAGUCUCUUAUUGUAUUUGGAAAACCUCCAGUGAUGCCUAAAGAUCAGAAGUCUUUCAGUGGAGAUAACAUACAGAGAAAUCGGGAAAAUGAGUCCCUUUGUGAGGAAGAGGAAAGUAAGGCACAGUGCACUGUACUGAGAAUUGCUCAGGCUUUUGCAGAAUCUGGAAGUAACCUUCAUAUGGUUGCUGAGAGUAAACUUUCAGAGGUGGAUGCUUUAAAGUCUGUUUCUAACACUGGAGCAGACAAUCAAGCAAAUAGUCAAGUCCAUUUCACAGACGGAAAAGUACAGACAGACAACACAAAUAAAGGUUUAAAUAAAGAGUCCCUUUCACAAAGAAAAGAGGAAAUGGCCUUAGAAACAUGCACACUGAAAAGCAUCCCUCAAGAGGGUUUGGCAAACUGUGAGAACGUGCAUCAAUGUACGUCUUCGGGGGACAUUUUUGAACGCCUUGCAAGCAAUCAAAUGUGUGCUGCACAGUCCGGGUCAAAUACAUUUGACAACUGUGAGUUGCCCAGUGUGUCAGAUUCCUGGCCUUCUGAAGAAGCAUUUUCAGAACGACACAUGUCCAACUUGCAGCCUUCUCCAGAAGUUCUCAUUCUUCCAAAGUGUAACAAAGAAUGUACUUCGGUUAGCUCUUCAAUUGAGCUUAGAUCUAUAUCCUCCACAACACGUAGACAGAGCAGAGUUUCUGACCAUAUUAAUCACUUCAAUAAACUCUCUUUAAAUGACUGCAAUUCACUCCAGAAGACAAAGUCACCCAUUAAACUUCAACGAACUCCCGUACGUCAGUCUGUUAGGAGAAUUAAUUCUCUUUCUGGGCUUAAGAGUCAAGUGACUAGCACUCAAAUUAAAUCAGGUACAAUUAUAGGGCCAAUUGUUAAAUCUUUAAGUUACAAUGGAUCUCUGUCCUCUGAUCUCUUGAAACAUUCUAGUCAUAAGUCCAUUUCUUCAAACAAUGAGGAACUUUCUGUAUCCCAUGAAUCUCUUGCAGAUCCCAAAGUUUGCAAGCAGGCCUUCAGGAGACGUGGAUGGUCCACCUCAAAGACUGCAAACUCCAUGAAAUCUGUAUUCGAAGACCUAACAAAUCAGGAACUAUCAGGCACUUCCUGCAAGAAACCAGGUUUCACUACAAGUGCACCUGAUGUUGGUGUAUUAGGUAGGGUAUCAGAGCGAGAGCGCAUUCGUUAUAAGGGCUCUCCAAGAAACCCAAUAGCUAGAGUAGUCUUCUUACCAUCUACUAAGCCAGUGGAGCUUUGAUCUCCUGUACUUUGUUUCAUAAUAAUGUACUUAGACUAUAUCGGUUUACACAUACAAUAGCUUUUCAAUACUGCCUUCAGUUAUUGAUGCCUAUGCCUAGAGGCAGUUUAGAAUUCCUGAAGAAAUAAUCUGGAGUUAAAAUGGUUAAACAUUUUUUUUUUUUAAUGCUCAUGAAUAAUUUAUGAUUUUAAACAAUGGAAAAAAAGUAUGCAAAUCGUGCUAUUUCUAAAAUGUUCAGCCACUUGUAAAUCCUUUCAUUCAUUAAAACUGAACCAUCUGCUUGACUUGCAACUUGAAGAACAAGCCUGGAGCUUGCUAUUUAGCCUACAUGAUGUAUACUGUACAGACUGACACUAUAGAUUUUACAUGAAACAGAUUUUACAGUUGGCUGGAAAAUUUGAAAGUAACUUUUCAUCGCUUGCUAGAUUAUCAUCCAAGAAAAAAUAGUUCAUUAGGUAAACUGACUAUUUUAAAAACAUUUUUAGCAAUUAGUUGACUUGCUUGCUGGAUAUGUGUGUAUUUUAAGAUGUCUUAAACUGUUUUCUUUGGGCGGCUUCUCAGAACAGAUAUGUUUACAUUUUAGGUGCCUGGUGAUUAAGUUCUUCUGGCUUUAGGUUUUUUAUGUAAUUUAAAAUAAUUUAAAAUGAAAGCUUGAAGUGAUCAUGUUAACUGGUUAAAAGUAGCUUCCUUUUUCUGGUAUGUAACUUAUUUUAAUGUAUGUGAGUUCAAGCCUUGUGAUUGUCCAAAUUGUAACUAAUGUUAUACUCUGCCCUACUGAAAUUUAGACAGGUUUUUAUUGCAUAUGUAUAAUAUUUGUAAAACAGUGUUUCCUAAACUAUUCUGUUAAACCCUGUUCUAUAUAGUUAUAGAUAGGUUGUUCCACAAGGAACUAAAACCAAAAUAAUUCUUUGUGCAAAUGAGAAUGAACGGAACAGCUGUAGUUUAAAAGCUCCAAGCACUGUUUAGGAAACUGUAUGAGACAGUAAAGUUGUGACUGUUUUUUAA